UCAGGCUAGGGUUUGGAGUCGGUGGGCCUCUUCCUUUGGGACCUCUCUCUGGCAGUGGAGCCCCUCUACCUUUCUUCCUUUUUGCAUCAAGCCUUAGAUCAGUGGUAUUCGGUCGUUCCGAUUGGGGCGUCAUAAUUUGGUGCCUCUUCUAGACCCCUGUUUCGCAAAUUUGAUAGGGAGUGCCAGAUCUCUGCAAAAUUGCUUUGCUUCACCAUUGAAACAACAUCCCAAUCAUGGCAGAAGAUGAAUUGGGAUCUAUGUUCAACCGGAUCCAAAUCGCAAAGAACGAAGAUGGGAUUCUCCCAUUGCAUAUGGUUCGGAAACAAGAUGAUGCUACAGUGGAUAAGUUUCAAGCCUCCCUCACUCCAGAGCAAUAUGAUUUCUCUACAAACCCAUUCUGGGUCCGCAUAUUUGAUGUCCCUGUUGGUUUACAUUCUAAGGAGACUGGUUUCCUGAUUGGAAGUUCUUUAGGACGAGUUUUGGAAGUGGAUGAAGCUGAAUUUGAGAACUCAUGGUGCCCAGACGACUUUGAUGCUCUGGAUGAAGCUUUCUGCAAAAAUACCCAAUUUGUGGCGGGAGACAAAGACAUAGCUGAUACCGAGCAUUUUGAGAAUGGAAAAAUCCAGUCAGUUAAUACUAUGCCCCUCUAUGGAGGCCAAGUUGAGGGGGGUAACAAUGUUUCUGUGCACGUCGAGGGGGCAAACAAUGAGAAUGGUACAACAGAUUUGGUGGACAUUCCAUUGUCCCAACAAGUUGAGGACAUGAUAAAUCAUAGAGGGAAAGGGAAAAUUGCAAAAGCAAAUAAGGGCUGUUGUAAAAGACUAGAUCAUGCAGUGGUAUCUACGCUGCGCACCGAGAACAAUACUCAAAACAAGUGCAGAAGUUGUUUAACGCCUAUGGAGGAAGAGAGAGCCCUUAAAGUGCUUGCAGAUAAUAUUGGGGUGGCUUUAGCCCAAUUGGCUAAAGCAGCUCAAGGUGCUUCCCGCAAUGUAAGCGUGGGCGAUUUUCUCACUGCCAAUGAUCAAAACCUUACAUGGCAAUCAUCAUCCGGAGAUUUUGAACUGGUUUCACCGUGCUCCGGCCCAACAUAUCGAUUACUCCUUGCUAUCUGGUUCGCCAAGAUACCAGAAAAAACAAUAGUUCGGUCUGCAAAUGGAGACAACCUUGUAGAGAUAGAAUCCAAAGUUAAGCUUACCUCUAGUGGCCUAGUGCUCACAGCUCGAGCUCCCUCUGGUCUGGAGCUUUUGUGGACUAACAGCACCCAUGAUAGCACUGGAGGAGUAUCCCAUGCAGCCAUGUUGGACAUCGGAAACUGUCAUCGCAAGCAGGAAUUUAGACAACAUAUGGGAGAGCUUCCACAAUCCAACAGACACCAUCUUGCCAAGACAAGAACCAGGCUUAAACAUUUAAUCAACCUUUUCUGUAACAAGCUACAAGAAGGGGAAAUUUCAACUCCAUGGUUCGGGAUUGAUCUUCAACAACCUUCGGUUUAUCUAGAUCAAGAAAUUGAAUGGAGAUUUUUGAGUAAAGAUACUCUGCUGGGAAGCGGGCCUUGUGGGUACGAUCGUAUCUGUCAACAUGACCAGGAUGGAGGGGCUGUUUGCCAGUGCCCAUUUGGGUUUUCUUUCCUGGAUGCAAAGAAUCAGCACUUUGGAUGCAAGCUAGACUACCAGAGCUACCAGAAAGACUGUAAUAAAGAUGGAGCCAUCCUGGAAGAACCGGAGCUGAACAAUGGCAUUGGAAACUGCUGGAAAAAGAAAGUACCGCUUUCAAAUGGGUGAUAUGAUAAAAACAAACUCAACAGAAAACUUUUCGUUCCAAACCUUUUUACAAUGUUCUAUGCUACAAUAACAUCUGCAUGAAAAUUAUAAAUAAUAAAGGUUGUCCUUUUAUCAGUAUAUUUAUGUGUGACUUCCAAAUAAAGGUAGCACUUCAAG